AUGAUGUUGAGGUCAAUCUUUGCUCUAUGUUUCCUAGCCAUUGUUAUGGCAAUGCGACGGCCGUACUCGUAUCCUCCUUAUUCUCCUUACUCCCAAUAUGGGCCUAAGCAAUCGUCGAUGAUGCAACAACCAGCUCCUUGCCCUACGGGAUGGAAGGCCUACCAGAACUCAUGCUACUAUUAUGAGACACAAAUGCUGAAUUUCGAUAAAGCUGAGGUUAAUUGUUUGGAGAAGGACUCACUGCUGUUCGUUGCGGAAACAAACGAAGAAUAUCAAUCGUCAAUGAUGCAACAAACAGCUCCUUGCCCAAGUGGAUGGAAGGCUUAUCAGGACUCAUGUUAUUAUUACGAGACAAAGAUGCUGAAUUUCGAUAAAGCUGAGGUCAAUUGUUUGGAGAAGGACUCACUGCUGUUCGUGGCGGAAACAAAUGAAGAAUAUGUGGGUUACAGUAAUUUCAUCAAAAAUGAUCAAAGUUAUAGCUCACUGUAAUU